GCCGCGGUCGUGGCGGGACGGCUGGUGCCGGUCUGGGUCCUGCACUCGGGACAACGAUCCCCGCCGGCGGGGAUGGAGUUGCCGCGCCAUCUCUCUUUCUCCUAAUCCUAGUCCCCUUCCUUCGAAACCCAAGCUCGCGAAACCUUCGCUCGCCGCAGCAUUCUCAGCCACCAUCUCUCCUUCGCCUUGCUCCUCUCCUCCGCAGCGACCACCGUGCCGAUCACUGUCCCCAACUCCGGCGACCAUUCAUUGGCAUAAAGACGGUCUCCGACGGUCUAUUAGUACGUUUACAACAUCAGAUUCCUCCUGAACAUUUUCAAGGAUUUUCCUAUGGGAGCUCCCAAGCAGAAGUGGACAGCAGAGGAAGAGGCCGCACUCAAAGCUGGAGUUGUUAAGCAUGGGGCUGGCAAGUGGCGCACAAUAUUGAAAGAUCCUGAAUUUAGUGGCGUCUUAUGUUUGAGGUCAAAUGUUGAUCUCAAGGAUAAGUGGCGCAACAUUAGUGUGACUGCAAGUGGAUGGGGAUCUCGGGAGAAGGCCAGGAUAGCGUUGAAAAAGAGCAAACAAGUUUCCAACCAUGAUCAUAACCCAAUGGCACUCAGUACAAUAGUUAAGGAUGUCAAUGAUGAAAUUGUUAAUGCCAAGCCUCUUGCAGUGUCCAGUGAAUCUUUACGAAUUGCUGGUCCUAAAGGAUCUAAUUCAAGGCUAGAAAAUCUUAUAUUGGAAGCUAUAACAACAUUGGAGGAGCCGACUGGGUCUAACAAGACAUCCAUUGCCAUGUAUAUAGAGGAUCAAUAUUGGCCACCUCCAGAUUUCAAACGGUUGUUGUCUGCAAAACUGAAGGCUUUGACAGCAAGUGGGACAUUGAUUAAGGUGAAGCGCAAGUAUAGGAUAGCACCUAGUUCAUCUUUUUCAGUAGGAAAAAGCUCCAAUUUGUCGCUACGUGAUGGAAAGCAUAGGGAGUGUUCCAGAUUAGAAAAGGAUGAUAUCAAACCCCUUACAAAAUCUCAAGUUGAUGCUGAAUUAGCACGGAUGAGAAACAUGACGGCACAGGAGGCUGCGGCAGCUGCUGCUCAAGCAGUUGCAGAGGCAGAAGCAGCAAUGGCGGAAGCUGAAAAAGCAGCAAGGGAGGCAGAGGCUGCAGAAGCUGAUGCAGAAGCAGCACAGGCUUUUGCUGAGGCAGCAAUGUUGAUGCUGAAAAACAGAAAUGCAGCUAAGAUGUUUUUAAGGGAUACUUUGGGGCGGAUUCUGCUGCAUAAAGAUAUGUACUGGUCAUGCAUAGGCACCUCCACCUUAAGCGUACAGGUGAAUGUGAAGUGGAUAGGCCAACUGUUCCCCCAGGGAAGCAGGACAUACACUACUUCAAUGAUGAUUUGAGUUUGAUGGGAGUUAUCAAUGCUAUUCUGCUGUGUUUCUGCAUUUUCUUCAUACUUGCAAGAUAUUCUGCCUUUUGUUUUGUUAAAUGUGUAUAUAGUCUUUGUAUAUAAUGUAGGUUUCAUACAUAUAAUAACCUGGCAAACCUGUUAUGGUUCAUGGUCCGUAUGUGGAAUUUCCAUGAUCAUCAUGAUCUCCUUGACAUUAUCAUAUCAUUCCAGCUGUCGCAGAGCAGAAAACCGAGCUGCACCAUUGUCGCAGUUGCAUGAGUUCUGCUAUAAAAUCAAGAGUUGUCUUUGUUGAUGGUGUUGAAUACUGCUGGUUUUUGUUCGUUUCA